CAGAAGCCAGAGUUCAACUCAGUAUUAACCAAGAAAGAACUAAACUCGGAAUUUAACAAAAACGGAAGAAACCAUCAAAAUGCGUGCCUUCAUUGUUAUGUGCUUCGUAGCUGUGGCUUGUGCCGAUAAAUUGGGAUAUAACUAUCAACCUGUGGGUCACUCUAACAGUGGAUUAUCCUUCACUCCCGGUGCCGUUGGCGGUGGUCAUGGAGGCUUCGGCUCUGUAGGAGGAGGCCAUGGUGGAUUUGGCUCUGUUGGUGGAGGUCAUGGAGGUUUUGGCGGCUCCGUUGGUGGUGGCAAUGGAGGUUUCGGCGGCAAUGGAGGUUUUGGCGGCUCUGUUGGAGGUGGCAAUGGAGGUUUCGGCGGCUCUGUUGGUGGCGGCAACUCUGGCGGUUUCGAUAGUGGCUCUUACACUGCCCCCGCUGAAUUGGAAAAAGAAUUCUACACCUUCACCGCCCCCGAAGCUGAUUUCGAUGAUGCCCAAAAUGCCGAACGUAUUGCCAGCAGCGUGAAACAAGGUCUUCGUGUGGUCUUCAUCAAGGGCCCCGAAAACAAUGGCUUGGAAAAUGCUGCCCUCGCUUUGGCCAAACAAGCCUCCCAACAAAAGACCGCCAUCUAUGUGCUCAACAAGCAAGCCGAUAUCGGUGAUUUGGCCAACAAACUCAACACCAUCAACAACAAUAGCAACAACAAACCCGAAGUUCAUUUCGUCAAAUACCGUACCGCCGAAGAUGCUGCCAAUGCUCAACGUGCCAUCCAAGGCCAAUACGAUUCAUUGGGCGGUAACUCUCAGAGUAUCAAUGGUGGUGUUGCUCCUGUUCUUAACUUUGCCUCGCAAGCCCCCAUCCGCACCGGUAAUGUGCAAUCACCAAAGAACGCCUACUUGCCCUCCUCCGUGUUCCGUCUACGCUUGUAAACAAUAGUCCUAGAUUAGUUAAAUGUGAUGUGAUGUCAUGUGACGUGAUGUGAG